GCAAAAAGUCAAAAGAAGUUCAUUACCCUCGUUAUAAGCAAUUUGGUCGAUAUGACAGUUUUACCUACACUCAAAAACAAGACCGAAUUGAAGGGAGAAAUAAAAACUUGUUCUAUUCUAGUUAAAAAUGGCAAAUAUUAUGCUAAUUUUUCUUGUGGAAUAGAAGCACAACCAAAACUAGAUACUAAAUUAAUUUCCCUAGAUAAGCAAAUUGGCAUUGAUGUCAAUACCACCAAAAAACUUUCUCGAAAAAAGCAUAAGAGAAACAAGGAGGAUAAGACCAAAAAUAGUAAAAGACAUCAAAAAACUAAAUUGGGAUUAGCCAAGCAAGCCGAAAAAUUGAGAACUUCAAAUCAAGCAAAAUCGUUGAAAAAGGAAAAGGGAAAAGUAAGUGAUAUUCACCGAAAAGAAUUGGCAGAAACUGGUCAAAAAGUAGUUAAGGUUAACCCUGCUUAUACUAGUCAAACAUGUAGCAGAUGUAAUAAAAGACAUCCAGUUAAGCAGGAGUUAAAAGAUAGAUUUUUUAUUUGUGCUUUUUGUGGGUUAGAAUUAGAUAGGGAUGUCAAUUCAGCAAGAAAUAUCCUCUAUAAAGCACAAAUAACGGAGUUUGGAACGAACUUCGUGAAACAGGCUCAUGCUA